CAUUUUAUAGUCUGAUUCACACACAUCCACAUAAUCCUCAAAAAACGAACUCACAUCUCGACCGAAACAAGAAGAGAUGAUCGAGCUACCAAAGACUCAGAAAUCUGUCCAAGUUGUAGAAACAUCUCCUGUCGCGGACGGUACUGCCACUAAAGCUUCGUCAGUCUGGCACGAAAUACAGAUCAAAGAAAUCCCAUUCGAGAUCCCGAAGCCGAAUAUCGAAAAGGACAAGGACCAAGUGGAUGAAACGAUAUUGACGAUCAAAAUCAAAUCAUUUUCUUUCAACCACCGGGAUGUGUGGAUUCGGAAAGGCCUCUAUCCGAACAUCAAGUUCGGUUCGACUCUAGGCUCCGACUGUUUUGGCACCGUAAUAUCUCCCAGUGAUCAUCAUUUUUGCGGGAAAGAUGUCUUAGUCUACCCAGCCGUAAAUUGGACCAACGAUCCUCGCGGUCCGGAUGUUCCCGGGAAAGCAUUCGGAAUACUUGGGGGUACCCACGAAACAAACGGCGUUGGCACCUUCACCGAGUUCAUCAACAUCCCGGCCAACCAUUGCGUUCCAUCCCCUAGUCAUCUAAAUGCGCUGUCCGCCUCGGCAGUACCUUUGGCUGGCCUCACUGCCUUCAGAGCUGUUUUCAAUAAAGCUCAGGUCAAACCAUCCUCCAAUGUAUUGGUCACUGGGAUCGGUGGCGGUGUUGCAAUCUGGGCUUUGCAGUUCUGCGUUGCUAUCGGCGCAAACGUUUGGGUAACGAGUAGCAGUGAGGAAAAAAUAAAUCAUGCGUGUCGAUUGGGUGCCAAGGCUGGGGUAAACUACAAAGAAGAUUCCUGGCCCGGGCGUUUGUCUUCUUUACUUCCAACCGAAACCCCAUUCCUUGACGUGGUGAUAGACUCGGGAGGAGGUGACAUCGCUCAAAAAUGUAGCAAAAUCUUACGCCCUGGUGGAAUAAUUGUGAACUUUGGCUGUACUUCCGGACGUCCACUUUCUUUCACGAUGUCAGAAGUUCUAAAGAAUUUGGAGCUUCGUGGAUCUACGAUGGGAUCAUUGAAAGAGUUCAAAGAAAUGGUCGAGUUCGUACACAAACACAAUAUCGAACCUGUCGUGUACAAGAUUCUACGAGGCUUCGAGCAGGUCGAAGAUGGUUUUCAGAUUAUGAAGGCGGGACAACAAUUUGGAAAAGUGGUAGUGGUCAUCGACGCAGAAAAUCACCACAAGCUUUGAAACGUUUUUUCAUGGCGGAAUUUUGUUGGACAUCUGCAUCGUCCCCCGCACUUGAUAACUCCAUGUAUCUUACCUCCAUUACUUCAUAUCCGUGCGCGUCAGUUACUUUGUCUCAGAAAAUAUUCCAAUUCUUGGGUCUUUUGCGGUUAAUUCCUAUCCUCACAUGCAAACCAUUGGCGAGCUGCAAGACAUGCGAGUCACAGAUAAUAGUUUUUCAGCAGAGCUAAAUGACAUGCAAGCAAAUUGAACAUGCAAUACACCUUAGCUUAUAUGUAAGCUCU